AGCUCGAAGUGACGCAGCAGAUGUAAACAAACAUUUGCAGUGCGGCCAUUACAGAAGAGUUUUUGCUUUGACUGAACUUGAGCUAUUAGACAUUUUGACGUCGAAUUAAUCCGCUCAACAGAGCCACAGAACCGAAUCAAGAGGACAUGAAGGACCCGAGCAUCAACAACACCUCAACCUCCCCCAGCAUGACAAUGACCGGAGAGGUGAUCCUUAGCAGCCAGUUCGGUACCGAGGAGAACCCGUUUGCGGAGUACAUGUGGAUGGAGAACGAGGAGGAGUUCAAUCAGCAGGUGGAGGAGGAGUUGUGGGAGGAGGAGUUUAUAGAGCGCUGUUUUCAGGAGAUGCUGGAAGAGGAGGAGCAGUGGGAGUGGUUUGUCCCAUCCAGAGACCUCCCCUCUGUGGGUGUAGACCAGCUGCAGGACCAGAUCAGCCUUCUAGUCCUGGAUGCAGAUGUGCACCUUGAUAAUGGCGACCUUGAGGUGGUGAUGAAGAGCAACCUGAAUCCCAAUGCUAAGGAGUUCACCCCGGGCAUCCAGAAGCACACCAUGUGACCCCAUAAGGCUCUGCCUCAUUUACCCCUUGUCUGCACUGUGACAUCAUCAUUAAGAUGUCUGCUGUAUUUUCCAGCCGCCUCUCGAACCUUCAGCCUGACAUUGACAUGUUGCCAAAGUUCUGUUUUCGCCUCGCAUGUGUUUAAGUUCUGAUCAACUUUCUAUGUUUAAUCACUUCCUCUGUGUGUGUGUGUGUGUGUGUGUGUGUGUGUGUGUGCGUGCGUGCGUGCGUACGCUCUGAAUGUAAAUUGGCUUAUAACUGCAUCAAUCAGAACAAACUACUCUGUGUUCUCAUCACUCCUCCGUUUUCAGCUUUCACCUGCAUCUUUUUCUAAAAUCAAAUCCACCUGAGACCAGAAACACUCUGCCCCUGCGUAGGUUGCACCAUGUUAGUCUGAUUCACAUGAUCCCAUCUGUUCCAUGGAUCUGGUUAGUUCUGGCCUGUUCCAAUCUAAUCAAGUCUUUUGGAGAUUCAUCUGGACUUCCUUCUUGUUUCCCAGCAUUCUUUGUGUUUCUGACUUGUGGCUCUGCUGGUUCUUUAGCUGAUACAUUUUUUUCAGAUGCACAGAUCUUACUGUAUAAAAGUCGUUUAAAGUGAAAAAUAUGUAAAAACAAAAAAAAUUCUAUUUUUUCUUAAACUAGUUGAAAAUAAAUGUUUAUUGAGAAAAUCAA